AUGUCACUGAUUUCCUUCGCCCUAACAGGCGCAGGUUUCAUCCUCAUAGGCUCCCUCCAAUCUCUCCUCACUUCCCAAUCCAACAAACUCAACAAACUCUUCCACAUCACUCUCUCAAUCUUCACCUCUCUCAUCACACUAUCCUCCAUCGUCUCAAUUCUCAUCUCCCACACCUCAAACGACGCCGUCGCGUUACCGCUCCAUCUCCAAACCCUACCUAUCUCAUCACUCUUCCUAAUCCACUCACUUCUCUCACUCUUUCUUCCUUUCCUCCCUUCGCCUUUUCUUAACCUAAUCAUCGCAUUCGGUUUCGCCGAGGAGUUUCUUUUAUUUUAUCUUCAACGAAAAGAUCCUACCGGAAUCGAGAAUCGCUAUUACGAUCUCUUGUUAGUUCCUAUUGCUGUUUGUGUUUUCUCUACUUUGCUUCAAUUGGGUAGUUACCAAUCCAAUGUCCCCAAAUUGGGAAGGGGAAUCGGCCUUAUUUUGCAAGGAACUUGGUUUGUUCAAAUGGGGUUUUCUCUGUUUUCCUCCAAUUUUGUUGCAGAGGGUUGUAAUUUACAUCUGGUUAGUAAAGAGAAUUUUAGUUUGAGAUGUAAGGGGCAUCCUGAGUAUCAUAGAGCCAGAGCCAUUGCCACGCUGCAGUUUAAUUGUCAUCUUGCUCUUAUGGUUGUUGUGCUUGUUGGGUUUUAUUCGUUUACUUGUGGUAAAGUCGAAGAUUUGGGUCGAAAGACCGAGGGUUUGAAGUAUACGCCACUUGGUGCUGAGAUGCAUUCUUUGGAGAGUUCUGUGGAGAAUUUUACGUUGGAGUCCGAUGAUGAUGAGGAGGAGGAGGAGAAGGUUAAGGAUGGUGAUGCGGGGAGUGAGAAGGUGAUCAAUGGUGUUAAAUGUUAA